AAACAAAGUUUGAGUGUGACGUUAAUUUAAAAAUUUACGAGAACAUUAAUAAUAAAAAUGUGAAAAACAGAAGUAAAUUUUAUAUUUAACUGUAAUUAGUGUUCUAUUGUUAACAUUUUAAGGUUAAAUAUAAAAUAUCAAGAUUUAAUAUAUAGGUGAAAGCAACCAGUAAAACUACUCCAGAAAUGAAUAUUGUGAACGUUCAAUAUUUACGGAGAAACUCCUUAUUUAUUUAAUGUGAAGUCAUGGGUACAACGUACCGGGAUUUGUUUAAAUUAUAUGACUUAAUCCAGUCUGGAGAUAUAAGACUCGUGGAAUCUUUUUUGAGAGGAAACAGGAUAUCUAUAAAUGACAUUGUACCAUGUAAAGGUAUUGGAAUAUUGCAUCUCGCGGUGGGCAUAGACCCCAUAGAGAAAUCAAAAAAAUGCACAGAAAUCAUACUAAAAUAUGGUGGGGAUCCAAAUUUAUGCAAUGACGAUGGUAUUACUCCAGUUCAUAUAGCAGCAAUAUGGGGGAGGUUGGACAACCUGAAGCUCUUGAUAGGGUGUGGGGGUGACCCAUCUCGCCGGGACUUUGAUGGACACUCCGCAUUUGACUAUGCGGCAAGAGAAGAACAGUGGGAUGUGUAUGACUAUUUGCACAAUGUUAUAGAUCCAUUGGAUGAUUCUUUAAGUUCAAAAUGUGCAUAUACUUUAGAAUUAGAGAAAGUUAUGGUGACAACAGACCAGGUGGUUGCCGCGUAUGAACCACUAGUAGAAGAAAAACUAAAUAAUAUUAAUUUGACUAGUUCACGAAAGUCACAGAUGGUACGUGACUGGUGUGAAAAGACCAGUUUAGUUGUAAACAAACUAUACCCUACUAUUUUAGGUGACACAUAUAUUUUAGACAAUGAAUCUGCUCCUUGGAAAAAUAUAGAUUUUACCAAAAGCUUGACACUUGAUCUCACUCAACAUAGAAAUUCAAAACACAGCGAACUCAAUGAAACAAACAAUAGUUUUAAGACAUGUUUAUCAAAGAAAUUGCCAUAUGAUGUGGACAUAAGUGGUAUUAAACACUUAGACAUAACUGCAGAUCAAAGUAACAACUGUAGUUGUUCAAAUUCUAAUUCCAAUAAUAACUGUAGAAACAAUAGAAUGAGUAUUUAUGAGAAUUUCUCACUACCAGGAUCUCCUCAGAAUAUUUCUCACAAAAAUUACAAUACAAAGAGUAGUAUAAAGAAAACAAUGUGUUGUAUAGAAGCUGAGAAUCAUUUGCUAACUUUUGAUAAUUCACAGCCCUUGAUAUCUGAUGAUAAAUCUAUAGACUUGGAUAAAGCUAUGGCUGUGGCUCAGAAUAAAGCAAAUGAGUGGUUGUCAUUUAGUAGCAACAGUGAUCCCUCAGGAUCUCAUGUGAGAGCUACAAAUACCAGGAGAUCAUCAGCCAGUAGUGGUGUGAGCAGUAAUUAUUCAGGAGGCAGCAUAAUGAUUGCAAGCAUGCAAGAGGAAUACAAAUAUGAGGAUAAAGAUGAAGAUGUAGUGCUGAUUGAGAAAAGGCUACUUGUUUCUCCAAUAGUACUGCCUCUAGAGGAAGGAGCAGAGACAAGUCCAGACCAAACAAUCCUUUCAGUGGCAUCCUCACUUCCGCCUUCCGUUAAUUACGACAACAACACCUUACGAGCCGAGUUGAUUCGCCUUGGUUUUAGACCGGGGCCCAUACAAGAUUCCACGAGGACAUUAUACUUGAAAAAGUUGCAGGCACUCAAGAAAACCCCAAAUGUAGUUCGCGAUCACGGAAAAACCUACAGCAUCGAAUUGGAGAAAUCACUCCGUAAUCACGAGUGGAUGAAAAAUCUAAAUCCCUACAUUGAAUUAGAAAACAAAGUCCAAGCAGACUUCGCAAAUCCGAACAAGAAAUGGAGAGAGGGUACCUCAAAGACCUCCUUCACAUAUCUCCUUCUGGAUCCCCGAGUGACUGACAAUCUGCCAGCGAAGUCUAGCAAGCAGGCCGACCAUAUAACGUGGAUUACAUUUAUCAACUCUAUAUUUUAUAUUGGCAAAGGUAAACGAUCAAGACCAUAUUCCCAUCUAUACCAAGCAUUGACCCUUUGGAAACGGGACUUCACCACCUCAAACGACAAGAAAGUCCAACACAUACUAGACAUUUGGUCGGACAAGGUUGGCGUUGUUUGCCUGCACAUAUUCCAAAAUGUUAUACCAGCUGAAGCGUACACAUACGAAGCAUCUAUGAUCGACGUGCUCGGGUUGCCUAAUUUAAAAAAUCAAAAAUGUGGUAACUACUACGGUAUUGCCGCGUCAUGGCCAUUAAAGGAACGAAGGAUGCUCGGCUUGUAUUUAUUGUAUAAAGCGUUACAAAUAUUCCUCAGUGAAGGCGAAAGACAAUUAAGGCCCGAUGAUAUUGAUUGAUUUAUCAUACUAGCAAAAUUUAAGCCAGGAUUUCGUUUUAUUAAACAAAAUUUUUGAUACUCAAUACGGUUGUAGAUGAAAAUAUUUCUUUCAUCAGAAUAAAUUGGUAGGUCGUUUUGACUAUUGAGCCGGGGUUUUCCAGUAGGUAAAUAAAUUUACCUGUGUAGGAAUAACCCGGUUGUGUUUAAAAAUACAUCGAAAAUCUUUUUUAUUAGGGUUUUAUUAGUAAACUUUUGGGAAACUGUAUAAAUUGGAUACUGUUAUCCCAUUCGUGUUUCUGCCGUAAAUCAGUUGUAUUUGCAUGGCUGUGUUUCAAUUUGAAGGAUAGAAUAUGGCAAUAAAAUUUCAGGGUGCAGAGGCAUAAUCCUUAGUCCAGGCGUAGAAUGGGCGACACAUUCUACAGGGUGGCCCAUAAGUUCUUAGUAAUGAAAAAAAUUAAUUAAAAUAAAACUAAUUACACUAUGAAUAAUAUUUUUAUUUGUAAAUAUAGCUAGAAAAACGGGAUAUAUUUUUUGUAAAUAACGUCGUCCAAAUGUAAUCCGUUACAGUCACGGCACUCUUGCAAACGACUUCUGAAAUUGUCGAUGACUGCGCGGCACGUCACUGCUGAAAUGCUUGCCAUUUCUCUGCAGAUGUUUUCUUUUAGGUCAUUAAUUGACCGCGGGUUAGAGUCGUACACUUUAGCCUUAAGGUAGCCCCACAAAAAAAAUCCAUUGGAGUCAGAUCCGGGCUACGUGGUUGCCAGGAAAUGUCUCCUCUCUUAGAGAUAACUUUGUUUGGAAAAAGUUGACGGAUAACGGGCAUAGCAGUAUUGGAGGUGUGGGAAGUUGCUCCAUCCUGUUGAAACCAUGUUCGGGCAUUAAAGCCUGGAAAGUUUUGCAAUUUUUGUGUGAAAAACUCCUCGAUCAUGGCCACAUAUCGCUCCGAAAUAACAGUAACAGCACGCCCUCUGCCGUCCUCAAAAAGUAAGGCCCUAUGAUGCCAU